GUCUAAGUUUGUGAGGGAGGCUGAUCCAUCGGACGGCGCCAUCCGCAGCUACCCACCUCGAAACGUCAUGGCAGACAUCACAGUUCACAGACAUCACCGACAGUAAAAAGGUCACGAAAAGCAUUUAUUAUUAUGCGUUAUUGUCCAAUUGAUUUUAUUUUUCAUCUUUUUGCAACCCUUUGCGCUUGUAUAAAUAUCCAAUUGGGUAUUGCGCACUUUUCAUUUCCACCUGUCUUGGAAGGCAAAGUACAAGCGCACAAGUUGAAGAACAGGAAAACGAAUAGAUUCAUUUAGAAAUGGCAGCUGAACUUCCAACAAUUCCUCUUCUUACUCCUUACAAAUUGGGGAAGUUCAAUCUAUCCCACAGGGUAGUUUUGGCACCAUUGACCAGACAGAGAUCUUAUGGCAAUGUUCCUCAGCCUCAUGCUAUCUUAUAUUAUUCUCAAAGAACCUCCAAAGGCGGUCUUCUAAUAGCUGAAGCUACUGGAGUUUCUAACACUGCUCAAGGGUAUCCUGAUACACCUGGUAUAUGGACAAAAGAGCAAGUUGAAGCAUGGAAACCCAUCGUUGAUGCUGUUCAUGCCAAAGGUGGAAUCUUCUUUUGUCAGAUUUGGCAUGUGGGGAGGGUUUCUAAUGAAGGUUUCUCCUCUCAACAAGUACAACAGAGAUACAUUCUACAUCUCUGAUCCUGUUGUUGGUUAUACUGAUUAUCCAUUUCUUGAAGACACUGUUUAGGUUUGCGAAGUAGCCUUGGGGAAUUUGAAUUGUCCAAAGUUACCCCUCGUUUAAGUCUGGUGUGUGGUAUUAUAUUGUAAUAUUGUACUAGUGCAAGGACUUAAUAAUUCCACAGCGCAAGAAUUGCACAUUUGUUGGUGUUGAUCUACCUGUGUGACUCAUAAUUUGAAAUGACAUUUGGCUAUUACAAGUAAUGAUUCUUGAGCAC